AUUGUUUUGUGUUCGUUUUUGUGAUACUGACAGGUUUCGUGAUUUUAUUUGCUAGAGAGCGGAGGAUGCUUGCUCACAUGACAUGUCGAACUUCCGUUUCCUCUGCCGCCAUCUUUGGCCUGAAAACGAAGAAGAAGCAUGUCUUGCAACAUUGGAAGAACUGGAGUAAUUUAAUCAUUUUUUCACAUUUAAAUACCAUAACAGAAUAACAAUUGGCAUCGAAAAAUUUUUCUUACAUCUUAAACUCUCAAGGAAAAUGUUAUACAAAUCUAUACCAAAUGACAAGCAAACAUUUUUUGUAUACUGAGAUUAAUAGCCAUAAUUCUUUUGUUGACUGUCUGGAAUGUAAACAACAUGACUUUGCAUAUGAAUUACACUUGGACUUUUAAGUAUUAAUUUGCAUAGUGACAUGAAUAAAGAGGAAAGGAAAACAUCACACCACUGUGAUAUUUGUGGGAAAUUAUUCUCUGAAAGUCAUAAAUUAACAACACACAAAUACACUCAUACAGGAGAGAAGCCAUAUAACUGUGAUGUUUGUGGUAAAUCAUUCCUUCAUAAGUCUAGCCUCAGCAGACACAAACGUAUUGUUCAUAGAGGAGAGAAACCAUAUCACUGUGAUAUCUGUGGUAAAUCAUUCAAUCAAAAUGGUGACUUAAAUAAACACAAAUAUAUUCAUACAGCCCAGAAACCAUUUUACUGUAAUAUCUGUGGUAAAUCAUUCUUUGAAAGUUGUAACUUAACUACACACAAGCGUAUUCAUACAGGAGAAAAACCAUAUCAUUGUAAUAUCUGUGGUAAAUCAUUCCUUCAAAAUCAGCAUCUAACUAAUCACAUACGAAGUCAUACAGGAGAGAAGCCAUAUCACUGUGAUAUCUGUGGUAAAUCAUUCUCUCAAAAUCAACAUCUAACUGAACACAAACGUAUUAUUCAUACUGGAGAGAAGCCAUAUCACUGUGAUGUUUGUGGGAAAUCCUUCUCUUUCAAUCGUCACUUAACUAAACACAAUCGUAUUCAUACAGGAGUCAAGCCAUUUUAUUGUAACAUCUGUGAUAAAUCAUUCUCUGAAAAUAGUGAACUUACUUCACACAAACAUAUUUGCACAGAAGAGAAGCCAUAUCACUGUGAUAUCUGUGGUAAAUCAUUCUCUAUUGAUUAUGUCUUAAAUAAACAUAAACGUAUACAUACAGGAGAGAAGCCAUAUCAUUGUGAUAUCUGUGGUAAAUCAUACUUUGAUAAUUAUCACCUAACUGAACACAAACGCAUUCAUACAGGAGAGAAACCAUAUCAUUGUGGUGAUUGUGGUAAAUCAUUUACUGGACGUGGUAGCUUUACGAGACACACACGUAUUCAUACAGGAGAGAAACCUUAUUGCUGUGAUAUUUGUGGUAAAUCAUUCACUGUAAGCAGCAGCUUAAUUAAACAUAGACGUACACAUACGGGAGAAAAGCCAUAUCAUUGUGAUAUCUGUGGUAAAUCAUACUCUGAUAAUCUUAAUCUAACUGAACACAGACGGAUUCAUACAGGAGAGAAACCAUAUCACUGUGAUGUUUGUGGUAAAUCAUUUACUGGAAGUAGUCACUUAAGAAUACACCUGCGUAUUCACACAGGAGAGAAACCUUAUUGCUGUGAUAUUUGUGGUAAAUCAUUCUCUGUAAGGAGUGGCAUCACUUAUCACAAACGUAUUCACACAGGAGAGAAACCAUAUCGCUGUGAUAUCUGUGGCAACUCAUUCUCUCAAAAUCAGCAUCUGGUUGACCACAAGCGUAUACAUACAGGAGAAAGACCAUAUUGCUGUAAUAUCUGUGGCAAAACAUUUCUUCGACGUGGUGAAAUAACUAUUCACAAACGCAUGCACACAGGAGAGAAACCAUAUCAUUGUGACAUCUGUGGCAAAUCUUUCUAUGUAAAGAGCACCUUGACUAAACACAAACGUAUUCACACAGGAUAGUAACCACAUCACUGUGGUAAAUUGUUCUCUUAAUAUAUGAUUGCUUAACAGAAAUAAAGUCAUACAAGAAAGAAGCCAUAUUCAUACAAAGAGAAAACAUAUUAGCAUAACUUUGGGAAAUCUUUCUUUCGAAGGAUUCAUUCAACAAAACAUGUAGGUAUUCAUAUACUACAAUAACUAUGUCACUGUGAAAAUUCAAAUCUACGAUGAUGGUUUAAAUAAAUGACAAAUUUAUUUUG